AUGGCCUACGGCUUUACAUCGCUCCUUUUCUUGGUCGAGCCGCGUGCAAACAUGCCCACUGUGGCUCACGCGGCAUGGCUGGUGAUUUCAACCAUCACGACCGUGGGCUUUGGGGAUGUUGUCCCGUCAACACAAAGCGGAUUAGUUUUGACUUCCAUGCCCGCAUCCCAGUUUCAAUCCAUGACCAGAAUGCAUAGCACCCGGAACGUGUUGGAAGCAACUUUCAUGUGUGAGCUCAAAGAGAUGGACAUUGGAUUCAGGGACAAGGAGAUCACAGAGCUCUUCAAACUGAUAGACAAGGACUCAGGUGGCACGAUUGACGAAAGAGAGUUUGUGAAAACUUUAUACCCUGACGAGUAUCGGGAGUUGUAUCCAAAGAAGAGGCACGACUCCAUGGCCGCAGACGACUAG